UGCUGGGGGCGGGGCUGAGGGUCGCGGGCCGAUGACGCGCAGGCGGAGCCGCUACUUCCUGGAUCCGCCGGCCGGGGCCGCUACCGCACCCUGCGCCCGAGCCGGGAACCUCGGGCCGCCGCCAUGUCCCACCAGACCGGCAUCCAAGCAAGUGAAGAUGUUAAAGAGAUCUUUGCCAGAGCCAGAAACGGGAAAUACAGACUUCUGAAAAUAUCUAUUGAAAAUGAGCAACUGGUGGUUGGGUCCUGUAGUCCGCCUUCAAGUUCCUGGGAACAGGAUUACGAUUCCUUUGUCUUGCCCCUGCUGGAGGACAAGCAACCUUGCUAUGUAUUAUUCAGGUUAGAUUCUCAGAAUGCCCAGGGAUAUGAGUGGAUAUUCAUUGCAUGGUCUCCAGAUCAUUCUCAUGUUCGUCAAAAAAUGCUGUAUGCGGCAACAAGAGCAACUCUGAAAAAAGAAUUUGGAGGUGGCCACAUUAAAGAUGAAGUGUUUGGAACAGUAAAGGAGGACGUAUCAUUACAUGGAUAUAAAAAGUAUUUGCUGUCCCAGUCUUCCCCUGCCCCACUGACCGCAGCUGAAGAAGAAUUACGGCAGAUUAAAAUCAACGAGGUACAAACUGACGUGAGUGUGGACACAAAGCAUCAGACACUACAAGGAGUAGCAUUUCCUAUUUCUCGAGACGCCUUCCAGGCUUUGGAGAAACUGAGUAACAAACAGCUCAACUAUGUGCAGUUGGAAAUAGAUAUAAAAAAUGAAACAAUAAUUUUGGCCAACACAGAAAAUACAGAACUAAGAGAUUUGCCAAAGAGGAUUCCCAAGGAUUCAGCACGUUACCAUUUCUUUCUGUAUAAGCAUUCCCAUGAAGGAGACUACUUAGAGUCCGUAGUUUUUAUUUAUUCGAUGCCUGGGUACACGUGCAGCAUAAGAGAGCGGAUGCUGUAUUCCAGCUGCAAGAGCCCUCUGCUUGAGAUUGUAGAGCGGCAGCUACAGAUGGAUGUGGUCAGAAAGAUUGAGAUAGACAAUGGAGAGGAACUGACUGCAGAUUUCCUUUACGAUGAAGUCCAUCCCAAGCAGCAUGCACAUAAACAGAGUUUUGCUAAACCAAAAGGUCCCGCGGGGAAGAGAGGGAUCCGAAGAUUGAUUAGGGGUCCGGCGGAAGCGGAAGCGACUACUGAUUAAAAUUGUCUUAUUAAAUGUUGCAAUAUAGUUUUGUAAAAUUUCCAGCUUUUAGUACAAGGAGAACUGAAAUCAUUCCAUGUUGAUAUAGUUGGGAGGAAAAUUGUACUUUUUGAAAACUAGCACUUUUCACUUCUAUGUAUUUUUUAAAUUAAUGCUAUAGAAGACUCAUGAUUUUUAUUUUUUAGUUAAAACUAGACAAGGUUUCAACAUAGUAAUGUUUGGUUUUGUCACACUGUUUCCAUAGCGUGUUGAUUCCACACUUCCACAUAAUCGUCAAUAUGUUACAUAGGUGGGCCAGUUCCACAAAGCAUAAGGACUUGCUCUUUAGAACUUUGUAGUGAGGUCUAAGUUUCCCUAUAAAGGGAAGCGGACCGACCCUGAGAUACUAGCACUUUUUGAGUAUGUUUAGGAGCCUGGGAGGAGGCAGCCAGCUGCUUGCUGUGCGCAUGCUCAGGUGUGGCUGACUGCCGCGGUGGAGACUGGCGGUACUGCAGCAUGGCUUCCUGUCCCAUCUCCAUUGUAGUAGCAUCAGAUCUCAGAAACAGUUCACACUGAAGCGCUAAGGUCCCAGAUAGCACAGGCUCCCUCCUGGCACUGGAAGACUCCCGUCUAGUAAGAUCUUUGCAUAGCUUUUGCACUGUCAGUUUCCAAAGUCACUCCAUAAGGACUGAAGCCAGAUGUUCAUGUGAGAUCGAAAGUCAAGUAUCACUCAAAAAGAAACUAAAGAAAAAUGUUUGAAGUUUAAAGAUUUUGUUUUUGUUUUGUUUGUUUUUUGGGGGGGGUGGUUUUGUUUUUCUCUUUGAAACCAUGUAUCUUAAAGCAAAUUGUCAUAUUGCUUUGGAGCAAGUAUUCAGAUCUAAAAUUAUUGAUUUCUAGUACUUAGUAGGCUAACACAGAUAAUACUUAGCCUAACGAUCUUGUUUCAGUUAAUAAUGUCUCUCAGAACAUGGGUUUUCUGAAGCUUUGUAUUUUCAGUUACAACCUAGAGAGUUUUGAGCCUCAAGAGUUCUUUGUUACUUGAAGUAGAGGGAGUUAGAACACUUGGUAUCUAAUCUGCUAAACCUGCUGCAGAGCCAUAACUGAGAAGUUGUGAAGUGGACUGUCGUGUCCAGGAUUUGGAAGUCCUUCACCUGAACUUCAUGCUGCACAAAAUGAUGUCAGUAAUGUACAUUUCAUGAUAUGAAAUAUGAAGCACCCAUUGCAGAGCCUUAUUACCUGAGGUAAUACACGCGCCUUUCAGAAAUCAGUGUGUAUUCACGUAGAUGAUAAGAGGAAUUAUAGGCUGAUGGAAAAUUUUAAAAAUAGAUUUGAGUAUUGUGUGUUUUGUUUGUUUACAAAUACAUAGACUUUACUACUUACAUAUGCAGGACAGUUGACAGUGAUGUCUCACUUGUUUACGAGAGGUAAACUUUUUAGUUGUACGUGUGUACAGUCGUCACACGUGCCAUCAAGUGCUGCAGUGAGAGUCCUGGAGCUGUGUCUAGACCAUCACCAGAGCUGCCAUUUCAAGCAGAGGGAGUACUACAUGUCGUGGAUCCAGAACCAGUGGGGACCGUUCUGAAGCACCGUGUGCAAUUAUGCUCUGAAGCCUAUUACACUACAUCAAAGUCUGCACAUUCCAGAAUAUAGAUGUGAUCUUGUAACCUGACUAAUAAUUAAACCAAUGAUUGCUGAGAAUCACAUAUGCAUCUGUUUUAGGGUAUAACUCAUUGUUUACACUUUGUUUUAGGUGACAAUAGAUGUGAGUAACAUUCCCAAUAAAUUUAUAUAGCAGUGAAAAAUUACAUGUCUUCUGUGGACAUUUUAUAAGUGCAUUUUAUAUCAAUAAAAAUUUUCUCUUUGAGUUGUG